AUGAAAAAAUCAUAUUAUUGUCUAUGGAUUUUUCUUAUUACAAUACAAAAAUUUCUUCAAUACGGUCAAACUCAAUCCAUCAAUGAUGAUUCAUUAGAUCCAUUGAGUAUGGAUGAAGCUUAUUUAACAAUUAGCAAUAAAAAUUAUUCAGAGUCUAUUAUAUUUAUGUAUAAUUUAGUCGUAUGUGAAAAAUGUAAUUUUGAAUUCUUAGGUGAUGUUAUUCCAUAUAAUUCAAGUGAAACAGUUAUAAUUAAUACAAAAUAUGCUCAUGAUUUUCAAAUUUUUACUAAAUCUACCAAUAAAACAUUACAAUGUUCAAUAAAAUCACAUAAAUUUUUCGAACAUGGAUCAUAUUUAUUUGAAAUUAUUGAAAUAGCACAAAAUCAAGAUAUUUGUUCAAUAAAACAAACAAAAGAAUCAAGUUAUUAUUGGUUACCUAUAAUUAUUGGAAUGUCAAUUCUUUUAACAUUUAUUUUAUUGAUUCAAUUAUGCCAUCCGAUAUCACGUAGUCGACUUGUUACUCGUUUUCUUCCAAAUGUUAUUCAACAAGGAUUAAUAAAUAAUGAUUUAAUUGUUUCAUUACCAAAUAAUCCAACAACAAUUACUAAUGAUCCUAAUGAUGAUAUUAUUCGUACACUUUCAACUAGUAGUGAAUUACCAUUAGUUGGAUCAACACGAUUAUCAAAUAAUACAAUACGUAUAACAAAACUUUUACCAAAACGACUUCGUUCAUUGGAUACUUUUCGAGGAUUUUCAUUGAUGGUAAUGAUAUUUGUUAAUUAUGGAGGUGGUGGUUAUUGGUUUUUUAAACAUUCAAUAUGGAAUGGUUUAACUGUUGCUGAUUUAGUUUUUCCAUGGUUUACUUGGAUAAUGGGUGUAUCAAUUGUUUUUUCACAUUGUUCUAUGCGUGCAAAAAGUGUACGAAAAAGAAUAAUUUUUUUAAAAAUAUGUCGACGAACUCUCAUACUUUUUAUUUUAGGUUUAAUAUUACAAGGUGGUUAUUCACGAUGGGUAUAUAUUCGAAUUUUUGGUGUUCUUCAACGUUUAGCAUUAUGUUAUUUUUUUGCUGCUAUACUUGUUUUAAUUUUUGAUGAUGCAGAAGAUGAACCAUAUUCAUCACAAUGGCCAAUACGUAAUGAUGUUCGUCAACAAGUAUGCACAGAAUUAUCAAAUACUUUCUUUCAUUUUUGGCCACAAUGGAUUUUUAUAUUAUUAAUAACUCUUCUUUGGAUAUUGAUUACAUUUAUUCCUAAAUUUGAAAAUUGUCCAAGAGGUUAUUUAGGUCCCGGUGGAAAACAUGAACAUGGAAAAUAUCAAAAUUGUACUGGAGGAGUUGCUGGAUAUCUUGAUCGAUUAAUUCUUCGAAAUUCUCAUAUGGAUAAUCAUCCAACAUGUAAAGAUAUUUAUGAUACUCAAAUACCAUAUGAUCCUGAAGGUCUUUUGGGUAUUUUAACUGGAACUUUACUUUGUUAUCUUGGUGUUCAAGCUGGUCAUAGUUUUGCUCAUUCAACACGUAUACGUCGUGUUUGUGCACAUUGGCUUAUAUCUGGUUUUAUUUGUGGAUCUAUUGGUUUAUUAUUAUCUAAAGGUGGUUAUUCAGAUGGUUGGAUACCAAUUAAUAAAAAUCUUUGGUCACUUAGUUUUAUACUUGUUUUAGCUGGUUUAGCUUUUAUUAUUUUAACAAUACUUUAUUUACUUAUUGAUGUUUAUAAAUGGUUUACUGGUGAACCAUUUUUAUGGUUAGGUAUGAAUUCAAUUGUUAUUUAUGUUGGUCAUGAAGUUUGUUCAAAAACAUUUCCUAUACAAUUUCAAGUCGAAGAAACAACACAUGCACAAUUACUUGCUAUGCAUCUUUUUGGAGUUUUCUUUUGGACAAUCAUUGCUGGUAUUAUGUAUCGUAAAAAAAUAUUUAUUGCGAUUUAA